AUGCCCUCCUUCCUCUCUGUUUCAUCCUUUGUGCUCGCUGCUUCCCUCAGCACCAUCACAUAUUUGACUUUCCUCCACCGUUGUCUCAAGAACCGAAUCCACCAUGAGACGCAUUGCGGUACACUCUCCAAAUCGGUUUCUUCCACCAUAUCCACGAUUCCCUCCGAAGUUUACACACCAGAAUACUAUGCUCUCCACGAUCGGGCUAACCGCCGGGUGCCUCGCCAGCUGCUUCCCCGCCAGAAAGACGCUGAAAUCCUGACCAUUCUCUUGCGUCGCAACAUGACAGCUUUCGCACACUUUCCUCAGUGCUAUAUGUUGUGGCUGAUCAGCCCAGCCACAAAACGCCCAACGUUUCAUACGUCACAUAUUGAUUCGCUGGAUUUCAACAAGGGCGAUGUUAUCUGCGGAAUCUACAGUGUCCUAGACCGAACCGCGAACAAAGUCGAGUUCGGAAUGACUUACAAAGGGGUGGAUGGGCGAUUGGUGAUUCGGUUCUGGGAUGAGGACAAGGACGUUGUUUUCGCCAGUGAAACUGCGAUGUGGACAAAGGCGGAUGGAACAGAGCGCGCCACAAUGCCACUUGAAAACCCCGUGCUUCGGUUCUUUCAUGAACUGGCCGCAUGGUGGCUGUUAGAUUCCGGAGUCAAAUAUUUGACGGACUUGGAUGCAGAAUUGGAGGAUGAUUGA